CUCACACACACGCCCGCGCGCAGAGGGAGGACUGGUCCCCAUGCGCUCAGUUCUCAGUUUCACUGACUUCAUCUCACACUCAGAUGAACUCUAGUUUUUGCUGACUUUUCUCAUCAGUUUCUUUCACUCCGUUUCAUCUCGGCUCACUUUUCCGCCUUGCCUCAGAGACCCCCACCCUCGUGCGCCGCCUCGAGCAACGGGCAGCACGAGACGGUUAACGCACCGAGGAGCAACAGGAGGUUUCACGAGCGAGUCACACCGGGGACGAGUCGGAUUUAACGGAGACUUUUUUGGACCACACCGCGGCUCUUUGAGUCUAUCUUCCCGGGACUGAUUUGACAUCUGCCCGGUACCGACUGGACCCCCUCUCUGACCCGGGAUAGCUGCAGUGUGAGCGUGCAUCCGCCAUCAUGCGUCCCUCCGUGGGCAGCAUGUGUGUGUGCUACAGCCUGGCCCUGGUUCAGGUCUUGGUCCUGCUCCAUCGUGCAGCAGGAUAUAAUCUGGAUCAGGACCACAGUCUGGAGUUCAGUGGCCCCCCCUCCUCCAUGUUUGGAUACUCAGUCCUGCUGCAUCGUCAUGGAGCUCACAACUGGUUGGUGGUUGGAGCCCCAGUAGCGAACUCAUCCUCCAAUCCGUCGGUUCAGUCUCCGGGAGCUGUUUUCCGCUGCGACAUCACUGCUGAGCCUCGCCGCUGCCACCACAUACAUUCUGACGUGCUGAGCUGCGGGAAGACGUGUGAAGCAGACAGUGAUCACCAGUGGCUGGGAGUCAGUCUGUCCAGACAACCUGGAGACAAUGGAGGACACGUCCUGGCGUGUGCUCACCGCUGGAAGAAUGUCUUCUACUCAAAGAAAGACAGUCAGAACCACAAGCUGCCUAAUGGCGUCUGUUAUCGCUACAACAAUGACUUGAGACGCGCCCAACCCAUCAUCCCCUGCUACAGAGACCACCAGAGGAAGUUCGGUGAGGAUUAUGGGUCAUGUCAGGCCGGCAUUUCCAACUUCCUGACAGAGGAUCUGAUCAUCAUGGGGGCUCCAGGGACAUCUUAUUGGACGGGGUCAGUUCUGGUCUAUAACAUAUCCAGUGGAGGAAUGUCAGUGUACCUGGACGACGAAGCUGGAGCUGUCAGUUUUGGAAGCUACUUGGGGUACUCUGUGGGAGCGGGUCACUUUCUGAGUCCUUCUUCUAUGGAGGUGGUGGGUGGAGCUCCACAAUACAACCAGAAGGGCAAGGUCUUCAUCUUCACAGUAGACAACAAAAUGCUGCGGGUCGUCUCCGAAGUGUCCGGAAAAGAGCUGGGAUCUUACUUCGGCUCCAGUGCGUGUGCGGUGGAUCUGAACGCUGAUGGUUUGUCAGAUCUGUUGGUUGGCGCCCCCAUGGCAACAGGCGUCGCCAGGGAGGAGGGAAGAGUCCAUGUGUACAUCAACGAGGGCCAGGCGAAGCUGAAGGAGGUGGAUUUUCAGCUGUCUGGCAGCAACGCCUACGCUGCCCGGUUUGGAGAGACCAUUGCUGACCUGGGAGACCUGGAUGACGAUGGUUACCCUGAUGUGGCUGUAGGUGCCCCACAGGAAGACGACCUAAGAGGAGCCAUUUACAUUUACAAUGGCAGGAGAGAAGGCAUCUCAUCAACUCCAUCUCAAAGGAUUGCAGGAUCAACCCUGGGUCGUGACCUCAGGAUGUUCGGCCAGUCCCUGAGCUCUGGCAUUGAUAUCGAUAAUAACGGCUACCAGGAUGUGGCGGUUGGUGCCUUCCUCUCUGACUCGGCCAUCGUUCUCAGGACCCGUCCGGUGAUUCAGGUCAGGGCGUCUCUGGCUCUGCCUGAGCAGAUUGACCCACAGAUGAUGCUGUGCCAAGAACACAAGACUCCAACUGUGUGCUUCAAUGUAACCGUGUGCUUCAAUGUCAAGUCCAGACAGUUCAGAGGAGCUGUAGAGCUUCAAUAUAAUUUGACCUCUGACCUCCUCCAUAAACCAUCCUUCCCUCAUCGUUUCUAUUUCCAUGGUAACGGGUCAUCCAAUAGCACAAGGGGCCGUGUGAGAGCACGACAUGGCCAGCUCACCUGCACAACACACGUGGCUUACCAAAGGAAAGAUGUGAGGGACAUUUUUACUCCGGUCCAGUUUGAGGUUUCCUACAGUCACAGAGAAUCCAACACCCAAAGAGCCUCUUCCAAAGCCUUCUCUCCAUUAAAACCCAUUCUGCAGCAGAGCGCAGGACACCAGAACACUAUCACCAACCAGACGUGGUUUGCUCGAUCCUGUUCUCUGGUGAACUGUUCGACCAACAUGCAGCUGUCAGCUGAACUAGUGCUGCCACAUCAGCAGCAGUUCUUUGCUCUUGGCUCUGGAGAGACCAUCAUGUUGAAAACUUUGCUACUGAACUCUGGAGACGAUGCCUUCUUGCCAAGACUGACACUUCGUUUCCCCGGCAACAUCCACUAUAUCAAAGUGCUGCAGAAUGAGGACAAUGUGGUUAGUUGUGAUGUCACAGAGGAAGUCAACAGUACAACAGUGGACGUUGAUUGCGGCGUCACCAGCCUCCUCCUCGCAGCCCAAGCCCAACUGUCCAUCAUCUUCCUUUUGGACGUUAGCCAGAACAGCACACCUGGUGACAUCAUCAUUCACGUCAACACCAGCAGUGAUAACUAUGAGAGGGAGGAGUACCUCCAUGACAACUCCAUCAGUCUCCCUCUUCAUCUCAAAUAUGGAGUCAACGUCAACAUCCACGGUUUUGUGACUCCCACCUCAUUUGUGUUUGGAGAUGAAGAUUUGACUCCAGUUGACUGCUACACUGAAAGAUUCAACUACACAUACAAGGUGCUGAACUCUGGUCCCAGCAGGUCUGUAGAUACUGUGGUUGACAUCGCGCUCCCAAAGAUCCUCACGCCUUACAAACACAGACUGCUGCAGGUGGUCGACUGGCAGUCAUCGCAUGGCGUGUGUUCGAUCAGUGACACAACGGUUUCAGUCAUUGAGGACUGUGAUGUCCCUCAAGCUUCCUUCAUCAAACAGCUCGUCUUCUUCUUCUCCUCCACCUCCACCCGCAGAAUGUUUUGUGGCCGUGGGGAUCACCUGUGUGAGCGAUUGGUGUGUCGACUCGGUAACCUGGAGGCAGGGAGAGAGGCCGUUAUCCAACUGGAGAUCAGACUGAACCCCGCUGUGCUACUGCAAGCUCCGGGUCGUCAUGGUAUCAUGAGGCUGGAGAGCACCGCAAUGAUGCUAAAUCCCAGAGAAGAUCCUCACACCAACCUCAUCCAUGGACAACCUGUGGCAACGGUGGUGGUGGAAGCUCUUUUCACACAGAAACCCUCAACACUAGUGAAGGUCUUCAUCAUCGUCAUCAGUUUAGUCUUGGGUCUAAUGAUCCUGGCUGCUCUCAUCUGGUGUCUGUGGAAGGCUGGGUUCUUUAAGAGGGACUUCCAGAAGAAGGAGGAAGAGGAGUUCAGGAGAGACAGCUGGGACUACGUUCCUAAAACCGAGAAAAGAGAGAGCACUUCCUAACGCCGACUGUUACCUCAGGCCAUGACCUCUGACCACAGGAUAGAGUUCACAUUGUGACCGUGCAACAGUUUUAAUGAGACACACAUGCUGAUGGAUGGAUUUCUGCAUAUGACAACAAGGCAACCCAAUUUGUCCAAAGCAGCAGAAAGUACUCCAGACUCUGUCGGAUGGUUUGAAGCCACACUCAUAACAAGUCAGCCCAGUUGGUUUCAACACAGGCUUGUCCUGACUCUGAUGAAUGAUAAAAUGUCUCAAGUGAACGCCUCCUGAACACACCUGAAUCUGACUGUGCCUUCUAAACUAUUUUGCCUGAUGUGCCUUCACAAAUAUAGACAAGUUCAAAGACUACAAAAAGACUCCAGCGAUGGAUGGAUGGAGGAUUAAUAAAAAGGGAAGUGAACCUGAAACAAUCAAAUCUGGACCAAUUAGAUGGCCUUGGGAAUCCCUGGAUUGUGGCAUCACCUGUGACACUGUUAUUGAUGAACUCCAUUUUGACUCUCUUAAGAGGAAACAAACCAGAGGAAGUGACUUUCUGGUGACCUUCGAUCUCAGGGGAUGGAAACCUGGCCUCUGAUUGGCUCAUAACUCUGUGUCUGUGUACAUUACCUUUCCAGAUGUUUGUUUACCUGCUGACCAACACUUUAAGCACUGGCGACACACAGAGAGCAGACUCACUGCCUGUGGUCCAUGCCCAUAGUUCAUGAAGUAAUCCAGUGAUGGCUGCGGGGACGUGCUUUUACAGUCAGGGAGUGAAGUGAUAAGACUGCUGCCUUCUGUGCGAUGACACAGACUGAUGCUAGCAACUAUCAGGGUCAGUGUUUUAAUGGAUGCCUUCAUUUUUUUGCCCUUUAGCCUGGCUGUUAUAGACUUUUUGUUAUGGUUUUUCUGAGUUUUGGUCCUUCUAAAGGCUCAGUCACACCAGCGUUGAAAACAGUGAAUUUCAUGGCAGGCAGAACCACUUCAUUUCAAUGAAUUAGCGUGGUCAAUGGGUGGAUUUGCUCACAUAGGCGAAGUAAAUCUGUGCAAAUCUUUUGCUUUGAGCUCAACUUUGCCUUCAGCCUGUCAGUCUGAUUUCACACUUCCUCCCUCUUUUUCUGAUCCGUUCUCUGCUUGUGCUCUGCAGCUGUGCACCGCCGCUGUGAGGAAGCAGUUCACGGAAAUGUAGUGGAAAAUGGGAAACCGCUUUGAUGUGUGCAGGAAAAAUUGAGAAUGAUGUACUUUCUGGCAUGACAGACAAAAAGGAGUGCUUGUCUUCCAAUAUCCUAUAAGAACAAAUAUCAUGUGACAUCAUGUAAGGUCUGAAUAUGUUUAGUUGUUUAGACAUCAGUGAGAUACAGAUUUUUUUAAUCUACUGUUCUUGGUAACAAUUAUGACAUUUUCACAUGAAUGUUCUUGUGGGAGUUCUAUAAUAAUAACAAUACAUUUAAUUUAUAGAGCACUUUUCAAGAUACUCAAAGAUGCUGUCCAUGAUGAAUUCAGCAAAAAAGAAGCAGAAAACUGAGCGCACAUGGUGAAGUUUCCUGGUCGACACCUUGGUUUGUAAAAAGCUUCAGUGUCGCCACAGUGAACUGCUCCCAGAUCUGGACUAAACUGCCAGUGUGAAAGUACAGUCAAAGAAGUUGGGUAACACAGAGCCAGCAACCAAUUGAGCCACAGGGUUGAAUGAUGGAAGACUACUUGAAAAUCAGCUUAAAAAAAAAAAAAAAAAAGUUUAUUAAGGUAUUUAAAAUAUUCAGAUGCAUUGUUUUAAGCGUCUGUAUUUUGUGAAUGCAGACAUUUAAAACAACUGCUACCCUCACUUCUGCUCAUGUAUGUAGUACAAAUGCACAUCACACAGAUAGAUGUUUUUAAUAUUUUAAUAAAUGAGUUUGUUGCUGUUUGUUUUUUUUGUGAAGUUGUUCUGCACUGGAGAGUCUCACUGCUUUUAUCAACACAUUUGCAUUAAAAUGAAGUAUUUUCUAUUUAAACAG